CGUUAUCUUCGGCACCACGAACUUCCUCUUACACAGAAUCUUCGAAACCAAGUGAUACAAAUAUGCCCUUCGACAUCAACACCUGUGCGCGGCCGAAUAUCCUGGCGCUCGAGCCGUAUCGUUGCGCCCGAGAUGACUACAAGGAUGAUGGCACGAAUAUCUUGCUCGAUGCCAAUGAGAACGCCUACGGUCCUGGAUUGUCUCUGAACAAAGACGGCCAAAUCGCCGCCGCCGCCAAUGGCGAAUCAUCCGCCGCGGGCGAGCUGCACAUUGACCUGCUUGGUCUCAAUCGCUAUCCCGACCCGCACCAAACCGACCUGAAGCAGAUGCUUUGCGAUCUACGCAAUACAACCCAAGAUCCUCAGAAGAAGCUCACUCCAGACAACCUUUUCGUUGGCGUAGGCAGUGAUGAAGCGAUCGAUGCGUUACUGCGAGCCUUCUGUGUGCCAGGCAAGGACAAAAUCCUAACCUGCCCUCCCACCUAUGGCAUGUAUGCCGUGUCCGCCUGUGUCAACGACGUUGGCAUUACCAAAGUCCCACUCGACGACGCCCACGACUUCCGUGCUCAACCUGACAAGAUUGCCGCCGCCUUGAGCGCCGACCCAACGGUCAAAUUGGUCUAUCUCUGCAGCCCAGGAAACCCAACCGCCAGCCUAGUCGAGUCAGGCGCGGUCGAGCAACUCCUCGCACACCCGACAUGGAACGGAAUCGUCGUCUUGGAUGAAGCCUACAUCGAUUUCGCGCCCGAGAACUCCUCGCUCGCGCCUCUCGUCACUUCCUACCCUAACCUCGUCGUCAUGCAGACGCUUUCAAAGGCAUUCGGCCUUGCGGGAAUCCGUCUGGGUGCGGCCUUCACCAGUCCUCCCAUCGCCCGCCUGCUCAACAGCUUGAAAGCUCCCUACAACAUCGCGAACCCGACAUCUCAGCUCGCACAGCACGCUCUCCGACCCGCGAGUCUCGCGAUCAUGCACGAAAACCGCAAGCAGAUCCUCACACAACGUGAACGGCUGCUCGCGGAGAUGCCCAAGAUUUCUGGCGUGGGGCGUUUCCGUGGCGGAGCGGCGAGCAAUUUCUUGCUGGUGGAGAUGCUCGAUCAGGCUACUGGACAGCCGAGCAAUCCUGUGGCCCUGCAAGUCUACGAGCGCCUUGCUGAGAACCGUGGCGUUGUCGUUCGUUUCCGAGGCAAGGAGCACGGAUGUCUUGGGUGUCUCCGUAUCACUGUUGGCACUGAGAAAGAAGUUGAUAGAUUUCUGGUGGAGAUUGCAAGCGUGUUGAAGGAAAUUCACGAGGGCGGUGGCACUGGCAAAGGAGAGAAGGAAGAGAAGAAGGAGAAAGACGCCAGCGGGAUUGUCGCUUAGAACAAGUAGAUAAAAAUUAUGUGUUGACUGCAUAGAGCUAAUCAUUUGCGAUCGCGCGAUCAAUAAUUUUUGUCGGGCGUUCAGAUCGGCCCGAUGCUUCAAUCAGGCACAAUCGAUGCAAUGGCAUUUCGA